GUUUUAUUGUCUGGGUAGUGUUUAUUCACGUCGAUUACGAAACUAGUGUAUGCGUAGCACGCGCGAGAUUAAACAGCAAAAAUAUUGUCAAGGUAACGCUUAACUGUUGUGGUUCUGUGAUGUAAGUUAUAAACAGUCGAUUAAUAUUGCCCAGUCAUAUUAUUUUGAUAUUUGUGUCGAGUCAUUAUCUGUGAUUUUUCGGGGAGUGUUUAGGUAUGUUAUCAUCUACUAUAAGUUUCGCGGUGCAUUUGUAUUCCUCACUUCAAGGAGUACAGACGAUAGGACGAGCACUCGGACGUUUAUUACCUUACAGCACGAUGGUUGGAACAAAUAAGAGAAACUUCAAUACCCCACAUCUGAAAACAGGUGAUCCCCUACCUCCCUACACGGGCAAGCUCCGCCUGUACAACAUGCGGUAUUGCCCAUUUGCACAGCGCACCGUCCUAGCCCUGAACGCGAAGAACAUCGACUAUGAAAUCGUCAACAUCGAUCUCAUGGACAAACCUGAAUGGCUCACCACCAAGAGUGCUUUUGGAAAGGUGCCAGCCCUAGAAAUAGCAGAAAAUGUAUCAAUUUAUGAGAGCUUGGUAACGGUGGAGUAUUUGGACGAUGUCUACCCUCAGCGACCUCUACUCCCUAAGGACCCGGUGAAGAAGGCCAAAGACAAAAUCCUUGUUGAAGCUCUAACACCGAUCCACACCGUAUACUUCAAACUAGUGAGAGGACCAGACACAAUCACGGAAGACAACAUCGCUGCUUACCACAAGAAUUUGACCUUUAUCCAGCAAGAGUUACAAAACAGAGGUACUAAGUUCCUCGAUGGAGACCAGCCUGGUUACGCCGACUACAUGAUCUGGCCUUGGUUCGAAAGGCUGCAUGUCAUCAAGCAUGAUCUUGCAAGACUGGACAAACAGAAAUACAAGUUGCUGUUGGAAUACAUCGACAAUAUGUUCCAAGACCCCGUUGUGGCAGAAUACAAGCUGCCAAGAGAGGCUUUAGAACAUUUCCAAAACCAAUAUAAAUUGGGACUGAAACCUGUUUACGAUUUGCUGAUCCAGAAGUAAAGAAAUCGCAUUGUAUUAAUUUUUAAGUGUACUUUGUAAUACAAAGGUUCACUUUUAUUUUGUUUACGUGAUUGAGAUUUAAAUAUAUGUACCUACCUAAAAAGUAAG